CUCUCACUUCCUCCAUCCCCAUCCCCAUCCCCUCCAGACCUAAAAUCGCCAACCGCCGAUCCGGACCAUGGACGCCAACUGGCGCCCCACCCAGGGGUCGGAUCCCGCGGCCGGCGCCGCUGACCCGACCGCGCCGCCGCCCCCCGCCGCCGGCGACUGGCGCGCGCAGCUCCAGCCCGAGGCGCGCGGCAGGAUCGUCAAUAAGAUAACGGAGACCUUGAAGAAGCAUCUGCCAGUGUCUGCGCCAGACGGGCUGAACGAACUUCAAAAGAUCGCCGUGCGAUUCGAAGAGAAGAUCUAUACUGCAGCAAGCAAUCAGGCUGAUUAUUUACGGAAGAUUUCCCUUAAAAUGCUCUCUAUGGAGACGAAGACACAACAGCCUCCUGGAAAUGCUCAAGUGAUUCCAAAUCAAAACAACUCCGCCCCUGGACUCCCUCCACAAGGCAGUAAUCAAGCACAGACAUCAGCGAUUCCCUUGAUGUCUCAGCAACAUGCCCAACAGCCAAAUACUUCUACAUCUGUACAAGCUUCUUCAGUCACUAAUAUCGGACAGAACUUGCCAGGUGCCAACCAAACAUCAACAAUGCAGAACAUGUCUGUCAUGCCACAGAACACAAUGAAUAAUGGCUUGGCACAAGGCACUUCACAAGACAUUUAUGCUGCACAAAGACAAAUGGCAGGAAGGCAGCAACAUCAACAAUCGCAGCAAUUAAUUUAUCACCAGCAGCAAAUGCUGAUGAAGCAGAAAUUGCAGCAGAAUUCACUCAUGCAACCGCAGCAAUCUGUUGGUAGGCAGCAGCAACAAGCACAGUCCUCCAUGCAUCAACAGCCUUCUCUGCAGAAUCAGCAGCCCAAUAUUCCUUUACAACAGCAGCAGCAGUUGAUGGGACAGCAGCCAAAUUUACAACAAAAUCAGCUAAUAGGUCAACAGAGUGGUGCUAUGGACAUGCAGCAGCAACAGAGGCUACCAGUUCAGUCAAGUAACCUUUUGAAUGUGCAGCAACCACAGCAGAUGUUGAACCAGCAGCCUAUGCCUCUGCAUCAGCCACAACAGUUGGUCUCUCAGGGAAACAUGUCAGGUCUACAACAGCAGCAACAAAAUCAACAGCAGCAGCAGCAGCAGCAGCAGCAGCUUCUUGGAACUGUGCCUAAUGUUUCAAACAUGCAGCGGAUCCAUAUGCUACAAACAAAAGCUCAGCAACCGCAGCAACAACAGCAUGCCCAGCAGCCAGCAAUGGGUUUGAUGCGACCUCAGUCUCAACACAAUCAACUUCAACAAUCGCAACAACACCUUAUCUCGCAGUUCCAGUCCCAGCCUAAUCAACUACAACAACAAUUAGGGAUUCAGCAGCAAUCCUCCAUACAGCAAAGACUUCAACCUUCAGGAGGCAUGCUCUUGCAAAAAAAUAAUAUGGAUCAGCAAAAGCAAAUUAUUCAGGCACAGAGGGGCCUUCAAGAAGUUUCCUCUAGUACAUCUGCGGACUCUACCUCUCAAAUAGGCCAUGCAGGUGCAGGUGAGUGGCAAGAGGAGAUCUAUCAAAUGAUUAAGAACUUAAAGGAUCAAUACUUUCCAGAACUCAGUGAAUUGUUCAAUAAGAUAUCUGUGAAGCUACAACAUGUUGACAACAUGAUACCACCUCAAAAGCCAUCUGAGCAGUAUGAUAGAAUGAAGAAUUUUAAAACUAUGUUGGGCCGUAUAUUACACAUGCUGCAAAUUAGCAAGAGUUCUAUCCAACCUGCUAUGAGGGACAAAGUUCCUCAAUACGAGAAACAGAUUAUCAGUAUCUUAUCUUCACAAAGAACGAAGCCAGUGCAGCCACAAAUACAGCAACAGUUCCAGCCACCUGCAGGACAAGCUCCUGAUUCUAGCAUUCUACAGCAGCAACAGACUUCCCAGAAUUUGCAGCAGCAUGAUAGUCAUACUAAUCCACAAGCAAGUUUGUCAAGUAAGAGCACCGGCUUACAGUCCUCUGGUGUAACUGGUAUCCAGCAUGUCCCUCUGCCUCCAACAACAAACUUCAGUGCCACCACACAGCAUCAGGCUGUCUCUAAUUUGGAGGCUGCUCAAAGAGGCAAUUUCAAUUCUUUGCAGCAUGGUUUGGUGAGUGGGGCGUUACAACAGGGAACAAUGAAUACACAACUGCAGACAAGUGGUAGCAUGUUAUCUCACAACCCAAUUAGUACGAUGCAAGCUAGUGGUAACUCCAUGCAACCAAAUGCAAGUUCAUUACAACAGCAACAGCAGGAUCAUCAUCUGAUGCAGAGUGAGCAAAUGAAGCGCCAGAUGUAUCAGUACCAGCAAAAGCAACAAAUGCUUCAACAGCAGCUCCCAGUACAGCAACAACAACAGAAACAGCAGCAAGUACAGAUGCAGGUUCCACAGCUUCAUGCUGGAAAUGAUGUUAGACAAGGAACUGCAAUGAAACCUGGAAUUUAUCAACAUCACUUGAGCCAACGCAGUAACUAUUAUCAGCAGCAGUUGAAACAGAGUGGUGAUUUCCCAAUUUCGUCGCCAAACCUCCAAGCAUCAUCCCCUCAAAUUUCACACCAUUCUCCUCAGAUUGAUAAGCACAAUCAGUUGUCAUCUCAAAUAAAGACUGGAACACCAUUGCAUUCAGCUAACUCACCAUUUGUGCCAUCCCCAUCCCCUUCUAUCGCCCCCUCUCCUAUACCAGUAGAUUCAGACAAACCACACUCCAUUAUAUCAUCACUUAGUAACACUGGCCAGACUGGACAUCAACAAACAUCCCUAGCGCCCCAGACAAAAUCAAUGUCUUUGAACACACCAGGGAUAUCAGCAUCGCCCUUGCUAGCAGAAUUUACAAGUGUGGAUGGAAGUCAGGCGAACAUGCCAACUCAAGCUCCAACCAAAUCAAAUGCAGCAGAAAGGCCCAUGGACCGCUUACUUAAAGCAUUGCGAACAACACAGCGCGAGUCUCUUAAUGCUGCAGUUAGCGACAUUCGAUCUGUUGUCAGCAUGAUGGAUAGGAUUGCUGGGUCAGCUCCUGGUAAUGGUUCGAGAGCUGCUGUUGGUGAAGAUUUAGUUGCUAUGACAAAGUGCCGAUUACAAGCCAGGAAUUUUAUAACAAAUGAUGGAAGUGGUGCAUCAAAGAAAAUGAAGCGUGAUACAAGUGCCAUGCCUCUUAAUGUGUCAUCAACUGGAAGUGUCGACGAUAGCUUCAAGCAAACAUUUAGUGCAGAUACCCCUGAUGUACAGUCAACCGCAACCUCGCGUGCCAACAAGCGGCAAAAAGUUGAGGUGAAUCAUGCUCUCUUGGAGGAGAUCCAGGCUAUAAACCAAGAGCUAAUAGACACGGAGCUCAAUGUAUGCGAGGAGGAUGCCGAUUCAUUCGCUGCUGCAUCUGAAGGGACAGUCAUCAAAUGCACAUAUACUCCUGUGGCUGUUAGUCCGAGCUUGAAGUCCAUGUUGGCAUCUGCACAGACGAGUCUGAUUAUGCCGCUGAGGCUGCUUGUCCCUGCUGGCUACCCUAAAUGCGCCUCCCCGGUGAUCCUCGACAAGUUUCCGGACGAACAAAGAAACUCGGACGACCUGUCCAGCAAAGCGAGGUCGAAGUUCGGCGUAUCGCUGCGUGGCCUAGCCGAGCCCAUGUCACUGCGAGAAAUCGCAAGGGCGUGGGACGCUUCUGCACGCGGAGCCAUUGUGGAGUGCGCGCAGAAGACUGGCGGAGGGAGCUUCAGCUCGAGUUAUGGCUGCUGGGAGGCGUGCGUAGGUGCCUGAUCCGUUUCUUAUAUAUGUCCUUUUUGUGUGCGUGGGAAGUUUCUUAUGGCAUAUCCUGAUUUUGUGUAUAAAGAGUAGAACGAGGCUGGUCUAGCAAUGUUGCUUUUGGAUGUAUAAGGUGACAGUAUGAAUCUGAAUUUUGACGUCUGGGAAUUGAAAAUAACUUGCAAAUUUCAAAAA